GACUUUUUUUUUUUUUUUUUUUUUUUAGUACAGCAGUGCGAUCAUAGCUGACUGCAGCCUUGAACUCCUGGCCUGAAGCAAUCCUCCCGCUUCAGUCACCCAAGUGGUUGGAACUGUAGGCUCGACCCACCAGGCCUGGCCCCUGCAGGACUCUUGACCCCAACCCAGACUUUACCUUGAUGUGGGGAGCUGUCCCCACUCCCUCCCCUGACAAUGCAGGGCACUGUGUCAAGGAUUCUGGAGAGACCCUGGCUCAUUCCCACAGGAGACGGGGAACAGGCCUGGGGAGGAGCCAAAUGCCAGUGUGGGGGGGCCGGAGGCUGCAGUGGCAGUGCUUGUAGGCAGGGAGGACGGUGAGCCCUCCACAUAUACAUAGCAUGGCCCCCAGGGGUGUGUACUGGGAUGGGUGUUGGGGGGUACUCUGGGGAGGGCUGCUCACUGGUGUCCUUCAUCCCGGGCAGGAGAGAGGCCCAGAGCACAGGCCCUGCAGGGAGCCAGGACAGAGAGGGCUCCAGUGUACGCCACUCCCCCACCAACCCCACCGUCCUUGAGGGCUCUGAGCAAUUAAUUCUCUGUGACUCCAGAUGUUCAGCAGCUGUCUUGGCCAUUUCCGCCCCUUCUCCUGACCCUGCGUCCUCCAGGAAGCAUCCCCUCCUGUCCUUGGGCUCCAAGCCACCCCCACCUUCCCUGCACCCCAUUUCCUGAGCAGAGGCGUUUGUGCAGACUCAGCUCCCGCACCCACCAGGGUAGCCUCAGUUUUCCCAAGGCCUGGGCACUGCUCCCUGAGUCCAGGGCUGCUGGGGUCGGCUCACUCCCUGAUGGAUGCCCUCUGCCAGGGGCUCUGAUCCUGGUUCCUGCCCCUCCGGCCUCUGGGACUGGUUUUCUCUCUCUCCUCUCCUUCCUUCUCCAAGGUUGGCUCUGCAGGCUCCACUGGCAUAAAUCAAGGGCCUCCAGGGAGGGUUCAGUGCAGGAGGGUUGGCAGAACUGGCCAGGGGGAGAGCCCUGCCCCAGUGCAGGAGGGUUGGCAGAACUGGCCAGGGGGAGAGUCCUGCCCCAGUGCAGGAGGGUUGGCAGGACUGGCCAGGGGGAGACCCCUGCCCCAGUGCAGGAGGGUUGGCAGGACUGGCCAGGGGGAGAGUCCUGCCCCAGUGCAGGAGGGCCCAAUGCAGGAGGGUGGGAACCAAGGGGUGGAGGGCUCAGAGACUGGCAGGCCCUGUGGGGGUGGGGUGCAUGCUCAGAUGUCGGCCUGGAGGGCACCGGGGUGGAGAUGGGGGUUGCCUCCACAAACAGAUCAGCAGGGACACAGCCCCCACCUCCACCUCGUGGACACUUCCCUGAGCUGAUGGCGGUGGAGGCACAAGAGGUCAUGGCUGCUGCAGCUGGUCGUCUGGGGGCUCUUCUGGAGAGGGGACAGCUCCCUUCCUGUCACAUGCUUUCCUGUCUCAACAGAGCCGGGGGUUCUGGGGCACUUGGACUCCCGUGGGCUGGUGGGGUCAGGGGCUGGGCCAGACACAGGAUGAGGCAUGGAACCCCUGGGGGCCAGCGGCUCCAGCCCGCUGACCUCUGCCCCUCAGAAUCCGGUCCCAGGCUCUCCCCUCCUCCUCUCAAGAACUUCCUGCUCUGUGUGUGUGUGUGGGUGGGUUGUUGUGGGGGAAGCUAAGGGCAGGUGGGCCUGGCUAAAGAAAAGCCUGCAUUUCCAAACAAGUCCCAGAGCAGAUCAAGCUGGGAGACUGCCCCCAGGAGGACGAGGCUCCUCCAAGCAGGAUCUGCUUAGGGGAAUCAAAAUAAGGUUUAGUGCAUCCAACAUCCUGCGUGGACAGUCCUCCAGGACUCCUGCCGCUGCCAGGAUCUGAACUGAGGUGGCAGGGACACCCCCUGUCAGAACUUCGGCUCUGCUGCUGGGUUCACUCCUGUGGUCUCACACAAAAUGGGCCGGUAGCCUUUGGGCCCACAGCCCCAACCUGCCUAGAGUAGGCAGCCGCUGAGUUUAUGAAAGAGGCUCCUGGGAAAGGAAUCAUCUCCCACCCUCUGCAGAAGUUUCCAUCCCCACCCCUAUCCACCAGGCUCCUUUCCCCACAGGGUCAGGGGUGGACACUUGAGCAGGACCAGAACCACCAAUCCCCAGGGGAAGCCUUGCCCAUCCCUUGGCCGCAGGGGCAGUACCCUGUGUGUUUCCUCCUGGGGCAGGGCUCCUGUUGCUGCCCAGGACCCAGUGGAAAGGAUGGUGUGACAGGUGCACCAGUGGACCCUGAGACACCCUCUUUGUCCUCAGGCCUUGACCAAUGAGCCCAGUAGCCAAUCGGAGAUCAAAGCUGGAUAACCAGGAAAAUUUGGAUCUCAACUGUGUGUGUGCCUGGGGGUAGGACUGCCAGAUUUAGCAAAACAAAAACAAAUUUAAAAACAGGGUAUAUCUAGACCGGGUGCGGUGGCUCCUGCCUGUAAUCCCAGCACUUUGGGAGGCCGAGGCGGGUGAUCCACCUGAGGUCAGGAGUUAGAGGCCAGCCUGACCAACAUGGUGAAACCCCAUCUCUACUAAAAGUACAAAAAGUUAGCCGGGCAUGGUGGCGGGCACCUGUAAUCCCAGCUACUUGGGAGGCUGAGGCAGGAGAAUUGCUUGAACACCCAGGAGGCAGAGGUUGCAGUGAGCUGAGAUUGCAUCAUUGCACUCCAGCCUGGGUGACAAGAGUGAGACUCCGUCUCAAAAACAAACAAACAAACAAACAAACAGAAAAAACAGGAUAUCCAGUUAAAUUUGAAUUUCAGAUAAACAAUUUUAAAAUAAUGUCUCAAGCAGUAGUUGGAACAUACUUAUACCCAAAAAGUAUUUGUUUAUUUGUAAUUCCAAUUUAACUGGCAUAUUAUUCUGCAUUUUAUCUGGCAACCUAGAAUGGGGGUAAUAGCCCCCCAAAUUGCUCCCUUUGUUAAUUGGACCCUGUCUUCUGUCCCCCAACCCCUAAAGGCAGCAGCUGACUCCCCCAUCUAGGGGUGGGGCCUGUUUGGGUCAGGCAGUGCCUCUAACCCAGACGCUGAGCAGGAGAGCAGAGAGGGGGUGCUUCAGCCUGAAACUACCCCUUCCCCAGAAGGCUGGGGUCCCAGGCGGGCCUGGUACCUGGGCUCAGAGGCUCUGGCUGGAUUUGCCAAACUCCCUGAUUGUAGCAUGUUUGUUUCUGGUCUGGGUUGCUGUUGAGUUCCCGGAGCUGCCCCCUUCCCUGGGGCUCCCCCUGGCGGGCGGCUUCCGACCCUGCCCUCAGGUGGGCUGGCCCUUUCCAGGGCAGGAGAAAAAGGGGAACCCACCAUACCUCUCCAGAAAAGAGGGAGGCGCAGCCUGGGAGUGGGGGCUCGACCCAGGAGUGAGAAAGAGGAACCCCAGCCAGGCAGGACCCGCCCGAGAAGGUCACUGCUGUUGCUGGCAGCCAGUGAAAAGAGGAUCCAGAAAAGGAGAGGGCUUGUUUCUGGUCAGCACGGAAGAAGGAAGGUGUGGAGAGGAGGGGCCGGGCCGAGAGCAAAUACCGCCUUUUUGGUGCAGCAGCAGCCCUGUCUCUGACCCCGGCCAUCCUGGGGAGAUGAGGUUUAAACCAGCAGACCCUGAAGGGAUGGGGGCCGGACCCACAGCAAGCCUGGUACAGGCGGAGGAGGCCUUGCUGUCCCUUUUUGGCCUCUGGGGCUGUCCAUCUUAAAUUUAAGGAAGAGGGAGGCGGGGUGCAGGGACUCACACCUGUAAUCCCAACACUGUGGGAGGUGGAGGCAGGGUGCAGGGACUCACACCUGUAAUCCCAACACUGUGGGAGGUGGAGGCGGGGUGCAGGGACUCACACCUGUAAUCCCAACACUGUGGGAGGUGGAGGCGGGAGGAUCGCUUGAGCCCAGGGGUUCAAGACCAGCCUGGGCAGCAUAGAGAGACCCCAUCUCAAUUUAAUAAAUAAAUAAGGAAGAAAGAGGGAGACAGUAGCUGCUGAAAUCAUGGGUGGGAAAGCUGGGCCUGGGAGCGUUUAGCUGGUGGGGUCUUGGCGAAGGCGGGGGACGGGCAGAACCUUGGGUUCAUCAUCUCUGGGAACCCUUUGUGCACCCAUCACCUAGCAACAGGAUGCAGCCUUCCCUUGGCCCUGGAAGGCCAGGUCACAAAGGCCAUCAGGGCCUGUCCGGGAGCCGGUAUCCCCUAAGACUGCCCUGUGCCUCUCGCGGCGAUCCCGGCCCAGCGGCUGGGCGUUGGGGCCACCGCUCAUGUGCGUCAUCUGCUUCGUGAAGGCGCUGGUGCACGUGUUCAAGAUCUACCUGACCGCCAGCUACACCUACACAUUCCGCGGCUGGCCCGUGGCCUUCCGCUGGGAUGACGUGCGCGCCGUGGGCCGGAGCAGCAGCCACCGGGCGCUGACCUGCGCGGCAGCCGCGGCGGGCGUGUGGUUGCUGCGGGACGAGACGCUGGGCGGGGAUGCGCUGGGGCGGCCUCCACGUGGGGCGCGCAGCCAGGCGCAGUGCCUCUUGCAGCAGCUCCGCGAGCUGCCCGGCCAGCUUGCUAGCUACGCGCUGGCCCACUCGCUGGGCCGCUGGCUCGUGUACCCCGGCUCCGUGUCCCUGAUGACGUGCGCGCUUCUGCCGCUGCUGCAGCAGGGCCAAGAGCGCCUCGUGGAGCGCUACCACGGCCGGCGCGCCAAGCUGGUGGCCUGUGACGGCAACGAGAUCGACACUAUGUUCAUGGACCGCCGCCAGCACCCGGGCAGCCACGGGCACGGGCUGCGCCUCGUCAUCUGCUGCGAAGGCAACGCGGGCUUCUACGAGAUGGGCUGUCUGUCUGCACCGCUCGAGGCCGGCUACUCCGUGCUGGGCUGGAACCACCCCGGCUUCGGCAGCAGCACUGGCGUGCCCUUCCCUCAGCACGACGCCAACGCCAUGGACGUGGUGGUCAAGUACGCACUGCACCGCCUGCACUUCCCGCCCGCGCACCUGGUGGUCUACGGCUGGUCUGUUGGCGGCUUCACGGCCACCUGGGCCACCAUGACCUACCCGGAGCUGGGUGCACUGGUGCUGGACGCCACCUUCGACGACCUUGUGCCGCUGGCGCUGAAGGUCAUGCCCCACAGUUGGAAGGGGCUGGUGGUGCGCACCGUGCGCGAGCACUUCAACCUCAACGUGGCCGAGCAGCUGUGCUGCUACCCGGGGCCGGUGCUGCUGCUUCGACGCACGCAGGAUGACGUGGUCAGCACUUCGGGCCGCCUGCGCCCCCUGUCACCUGGCGACGUGGAGGGCAACCGGGGCAAUGAGCUGCUGCUGCGCCUGCUGGAGCACCGCUACCCCGUCGUGAUGGCGCGAGAGGGCCGCGCCAUCGUCACCCGCUGGCUGCGCGCUGGCAGCUUGGCGCAGGAGGCCGCCUUCUAUGCACGCUACCGCGUGGACGAGGACUGGUGCCUGGCGCUGCUGCGCUCCUACCGUGCACGCUGCGAAGAGGAGCUGGAGGGCGAGGAGGCCCUGGGGCUACACGGACCCGCCUUCCCAUGGCUGGUGGGCCAGGGCCUGAGCUCGCGGCGGCGCCGGCGCCUCGCACUGUUCCUGGCUCGGAAGCACCUCAAGAACGUGGAGGCGACUCACUUCAGCCCUCUGGAGCCUGAGGAGUUUCAGUUGCCCUGGCGGCUGUAACCUAUAUGCCCCAGUGGGGGAUCACGCACUUGAACUCCUGGCCUUCUUGGUUCACCUUCCCAUACCCCCAACCAUUGCAGGGGGCCGGCGCCGACGGGGGUGGGGGGCGGGGCGCGGGGUGCUCCUGAUCUGCUGUCUGGGGGACAGUAGGCAGAACACGGGGACUUGGUGCUCUCCUUCCUUCACAGGGGCGUUCUGACCGUCCUCCCAUUCUUCCUUGCUCUGUCCCCUCCUUUCUCUCUUCCUCCUACAAAUACUUUUGGCUGCCCCCACCCAGCUCCUAAGGGAAUGAAAGGUUAACCUGA